AUGGAGCAGGUCAAUGAGACUUUGAUGAGAGAGUUUGUCUUCCUUGGCUUCUCAUCUCUGGCCAGGAUGCAGCUGCUGCUCUUCGUUGUCUUUCUGCUUCUCUACUUGUUCACUUUGGGCACCAAUACCAUCAUCAUUUCCACCAUUGUACUGGACAGAGCACUUCAUAACCCCAUGUACUUCUUCCUCGCUGUCCUCUCCUGCUCUGAGACUUGCUACACCUUCGUCAUUGUACCCAAGAUGCUGACUGACUUGCUGGCCAAGAAGAAGACCAUCUCUUUCCUGGGCUGUGCCAUUCAGAUGUUUUCCUUCCUCUUCCUUGGCUGUUCUCACUCCUUCCUGCUGGCAGUCAUGGGUUAUGAUCGCUACAUGGCCAUCUGCAACCCUCUGAACUACAUGGUGCUCAUGGGACAUGGAGUGUGUGUGGGACUAGUGGCUGCUGCCUGUGCCUGUGGCUUUACUGUCUCGUUGGUCACCACCUCCUUGAUAUUUAACCUGCCCUUCCACUCCUCCAACCAGCUCCAUCACUUCUUCUGUGACACUUCUCCUGUCCUCAAGUUGGCAUCUCAUCACUCUCGCCUCAGUCAGUUGGUCUUAUUCAUGCUUGCCUUGUUUGCCUUGGUUAUUCCACUGUUACUUAUCCUGGUCUCCUAUAUACGCAUCAUUUCUGCCAUUCUAAAAAUUCCAUCCUCUGUUGGAAGAUACAAGACCUUUUCUACCUGUGCCUCCCAUCUCAUUGUGAUAACUGUUCAUUAUGGUUGUGCCUCUUUCAUCUAUUUAAGGCCCAAGUCCAAUUACUCUUCAAGUCAAGACAUCCUAAUAUCUGUGUCAUAUACCAUCCUCACUCCAUUGUUCAAUCCAAUGAUUUAUAGUCUGAGAAAUAAGGAAUUCAAAACAGCACUUCGAAGACUAAUGGGCCAGACUUCAUGUCCUGUUAAUUAA